AUGGAAACAGAUGUUGUUAAAAACACUGCUCCUCAAACAUCCAUUGCAAGAAAGAGGAGAAAGCUUAUUCUUAAAGCAAAGAGGGAUUAUCGAAACCGUGUCAGAUCAAGCAACCUCACUUCCCAUUUAAAUCAUAAUUUUACAUCUUCUGUAACAUAUGAAACCACUAUUGAAACGGCUAUGGCUAGAAAGAGAAGGAAAAUAAUCUUGGAUAACAGAAAAAGAUUGAGAAAUUUGUUCAAUACUGAAGUUAGUAGGGUUCAAAAUACGAACAACAUUGUUAGUCAAAGUCAGAACAUGGAUCAUGCAUCUACUUCAAAUUAUAAUAUGUCAAGUCAGUCCAUGGAUCAUCCAUCUACCUCAAAUCAUAAUGUGUCUGUUGAAUCUCAUUAUGAAGACAAUGAUGACUCCAACUCUGACAAUAAUUUAAAUUCUUCUAAUAGUUCCGGCUCUGACGAAGAUUCAGACCCGGCACAAUUACAGGAGGCCCAUCUUCAAGAAUAUUACGAUAUUGGCGACCAAAGUUAUGAAUGCGCACACUGCCAAGCAUGUAUGUGGUACCAAGAAAAAGUGAAUAGACACAAAAUUACAGCAACUCCUCGCUUUUAUCGUUGUUGCCGUGGAGGAAAAAUUGUUCUUCCGUUCCUUGAGCAACCUCCACAGGUGUUGCAAGAUCUUCUAUUUAAUAACACAUAUUCAGAUAGUAAAAACUACCAGGCUAACAUACGAACAUACAACGCAAUGUUCUCAUUCACUUCCCCUGGAAUGAAGUUCGACACAACAUAUUCUAAAAGAGGUGGACCCCCUACUUUGAGACUGCAGGGUCAGACCUGUCAUCGAAUUGGUACACUGCUGCCAGAAACAGGACAACCUCCGCAAUAUGCUCAAUUAUACAUCUAUGACACGGACAAUGAAGUUGAACACAGAAUAAAAUGUUUCAAGGACAACAAAGGCAUCGAGCGACCGGUUGUCAAAAAGCUCAAGAUGAUGUUAGAUCAGCACAAUGUUCAUGCCAAAGCUUUUAGAAUGGCAAGGGAUGUUUUAAGGAAAAAUUCUUUCACAGAUUUAAAACUCAGGCUUAUUUCUGAUAGAUCCGAAGAUGGCCGUGUUUACAACAAACCUACUGUCUCAGAAGUGGCUGCACUCAUUGUGGGAGACAUUGAUUCUGCUGAUAAAAGGGACAUCUUAAUUCAGCGCCGCAAUGGUGGUUUGCAACGAAUAGAUGAGUUUCACCCAGCAUAUUUGGCUUAUCAGUAUCCUCUUAUAUUUCCUUAUGGGGAAGAUGGUUACAGGAAAAAUAUAAUGCACAAAUAUCGCCAUGAAACUGAGGUCACUAAGAGAAACCGUCAAAGCAUUAAGGAUUGGUUUUCUUACCGGUUACAACAACGUCGCAAAGAGGCAAAAACACUACUUUACUCAAGACGCCUAUUUCAACAAUUCUUAGUCGACGGCUAUGCUAUGAUGGAAUCCGAACGACUGAAUUGGUUGAGAGAUAAUCAGUCGAAAUUAAGAGUGGGCAAAUAUAAUAAUUUGGCCGCUCAAACUGAUUGCGAUACAAGAAAUGAACACCAAAAGCGAGGAAAACGAGUUGUUCUGCCAUCAACAUUUGUUGGUAGCAAGAGAUAUAUGGAUCAACUAUAUUUUGACGGUAUGGCCAUUUCAAGUCAAUUGGGAUUCCCUGAUUUAUUUGUUACUUUUACCUGCAACCCAAAUUGGCCUGAAAUUAAAAGAGCAUUGUCAGGCACAGGUCUACAACCCCAUGAUAGGCCAGAUAUCAUUUCAAAAGUUUUCAAAAUAAAGUUUGAUACCCUCAUGGAUGAUAUUACAAAACACCAUGUCGUGGGAAAAGUGAUUGCAUAUAUGUACACCAUCGAAUUCCAAAAGCGCGGAUUGCCACAUGCUCACAUCUUGAUAUUCCUACACCCUAAGAGCAAAUACCCAACACCAUCUGACAUAGACAAGAUCAUUUCUGCUGAAAUUCCCGACCCGACUGUUCAUCCCAAUUUAUACAAAUUGGUUAGGGCACAUAUGAUGCAUGUACCCUGUGGGCUUGCUCGCGUGACCUCACAAUGUAUGAAGAAUGGACGAUGUUCUAAAUACUACCCCAAAAAGUUUAUUGAAGACACUAUUGUUGAUGCAGAGGGAUAUCCGCUGUAUAGGAGAAGAUCAAAAACCUUCACUAUUGAAAAAAAUGGUAUCACCUUGGACAACAGACAUGUGGUUUCAUAUAAUACCAGAUUUCUUAUGAAAUACCAGGCACAUAUAAACAUGGAAUGGUGUAAUCAGAGUACUUCCAUAAAAUAUCUUUUCAAAUAUAUCAAUAAAGGCUAUGACAGAAUAACAGCAGCAGUUUCAACAAAUAGCAAUCAACCUGUUGAUGAGAUCCAACAAUAUCUCGACUGCAGGUAUGUCUCACCCAGUGAAGCAUGCUGGCGCAUUUACUCUUACAAUAUUCAUGGCAGAAAACCAGCUGUGGAACGUAUGUUCUAUCAUUUGGUUGGGGAGAAACCUAUAUACUAUACAGAUUAUGCACGCAUGGAAAAUGUGCUGGAAACUGCAAGUGUGACUGAAUCAAUGUUUACUGCAUGGCUGGUAGCAAAUGCUAAAUAUGAAGAGGCACAAACAUUAACUUAUGGUCAGUUUGUCUCAAAGUUUGUUUACCACAAAAAAAGAGAGAAUGGAAACCGCGGAAAAAAGGCUUCACCAUUGGACGUCUCAUAUGGGUUCCGCCAACAACUGGUGAACUGUUUUACCUGCGCAUGA